AUCUAUUGUAGCAGAAACGAUAAAUUAUGUUGUAGAAAUGGAAAGAACUCUGAAAAGGUUGAAAGCUUGUAAAGCCAAACGCCAAGCUUCUCCCCCACCUGCCAAGCUAAGAAAAUCUGGAGCUUCUGAUGCAUUUCAAAAAUUGAAUAUUAUUGGCUGUGAGCCCAAUAUUAAUAUUGUUGAAGAACCAAAAAUGACUAGAGCACAAUGGAAAUCAGGACAGAUAGAAGUUCAAGAAUUGGGUAGUCAUGCAGUGAUAAAGAUUACUGACAAAUGGAAAAGAGGGAUUGUAAUGCAAAUUCAUCUUGCAUUGGAGGAGUGCAAAGUGGAUGUGCUCCAAUCAAAUGUAACAACAAUUGGGGACAACAUAGUGCAGUUCACCACCAUACAAAUGAAUCCAGGCGUGACUACAAACAUCAAGACAAUAGUAGAUGCAAUUGAAAAGGCUUCCACUCUCAUCUAAUAUUCAAGAAG